CAGCACCCUCACCGAACUGUACAUGGCCAUAGCCACCUCUCUAUUCAUUAAUUCAAAUACGACUAUGGCCUUAUAAUUAUAGUCGCCCAACUGGUAUUGUUGUAAGAAUGGCCGGCUGAACAGCGCAUAGAGUGAAAUCGAGUUGCGAGAAAUAUUGGCGACAGCCAGCUGAAAACCUCGCCUUCCCAUGGCUUCGCAAUUAUCCUUCAAUUGCGACUCUGCUUCCCAGGGAACUGUGUACGACAUUCUUUGCGAUGCUUGCGAAGACUUCCUUGGAAGACCUGAGGUAGCUGUGAGCUCCAUGGUCACGAGGACCCGUGCCUAUCAUUGGCCUCCAGGUCACAAUGUUCCUGCAGCAAAAAUCCACUCCACAUUCGCCAAUAUGAAAACAUCCUCUCAAAACGGCUGCCACAUGUGCACACUGAUUCUCGCAUCUUUUGGGUCUCAAGAUGACUGCACAAUACCAGAUACCUGUCUGAUAUUGGCAAAGCUGUGGCGUUUUCCAGACAGCAUGGGCCAAAACAUGGCUAGUGUAGCUGUAUGGCCGACCGGAGUUCGCGACAACUCUGACUUGAAUGGCUUCUUCAGGAAGUUUUUUAUAUCGCAUCUCAACAUCAGAGAAAAGAACAACAUCCUUGCCAGACGGGCAAGAUCAUCCACGAAGAUUGGAACGAGACCUCUCAGCCAGGUUAAGUCGUGGCUAGUAGCUUGUUGCAAAUAUCAUUCCACAUGCAAAAAUUCCUGGACUCUCGUAUCGGAGCAACGAAAAAUGCCGACACGACUCCUCGAAAUUGCUCAGUCAAGUGGAGAUUGGAAAUUGCGUAUCAUAUACGGCUCUAGAAUCCCUAUAGAUUCAGAGUAUGCGACCUUGAGCCACUGUUGGGGCACUUCGAACAAGAUUCGUCUCACAUCUGAAAAUCAUCAUGUAUACACAGACAAUUUACCAUUCGAAUGUCUUCCACGGACUUUUCAGGACGCAGUCGAGUUAACCUUUUCCCUAGGACUCAGAUUUCUUUGGAUUGACUCGAUCUGCAUUAUACAGAACUCCAAGGAUGACUGGAUAUCUGAAUCGUCAAUGAUGGGUAGCGUCUAUGCUCAAGGAUAUCUCAACAUCGCGGCGACAUAUUCUCACAGUGGUGAUGGGGGACUCUUCAACCAGUCGAGUUCGCUAUCGGGCAGCCCAUGUACUAUCCGAAUGACCGACAGUGAUGACUCAAUAUCAGAGGCCAUUUUCUACCAAGACAGUGUCUGGGAGCGUGAAGUUGAAAACGCACCUCUUGGAAAGCGAGCAUGGGUCGUGCAAGAGCGAAUUCUUGCUCCAAGGGUUGUACAUUUCUCCUCGAACCAAAUUCUGUGGGAAUGUUGCCAAGAGCGAGCAGCUGAGUUACUGCCUGCAGAUGCUGUGAAUGAAGAUGGCGAACUGAAGAAGGUUGCUCCGUAUCCAGCGACCAAUGAAGCCCAAGAUCCUGACCGUAUUUGGGUGCAUAGGAACUGGGCCUCUCUCGUCGAGAAAUACUCGUCUUGCUCACUUACUGUCCAAUCAGACAAAUUAGUUGCCAUCUCUGGUCUCGCACGUCGGGUAUGUGGUCAGCUUGGACUCACACCACAAGAUUACAUAGCAGGGCUUUGGAAAUCGAACCUGAUAUAUGGCCUACUGUAUAGAGUUGAGCGCGACAGCGCCAUCAUACCAAGCAGGUUUUCUGAUAGAGCACCAUCCUGGUCCUGGGCAUCUGUCUAUGGCGUUAUCACGUUCUUCCCGCAAGAUUAUGGUAACCUAGCACAAUGGCCAUACACUACUGUUGUUAGUGCACACAUAGACCAUAACGGAGAUCCUUACGGACAGUUGAAAGGCGGCUCUAUUCAGCUUCGAGGGCCACUGUCUGAGAUCCCCUUAGACACUAGUCUGUCUGAAAUGCCAAAGCGAUCGGCAGAUGAGGAGUCAAGUACCUUCACUGCCAGUGCAUCUGACAUUUUCUUAGAUGAGUCGAACUCUGAACGAGUAGCUCGGCUCAACCGAAUUUAUUUCCUCCUCCUGAUUGCAGAAUUCAACUUCGAUGAGCCAGCGGAAGUUCAUGGUCUUCUACUUUGUCCAACCGGGCUCAAGAAAGGGCAGUUCGAGCGCAUUGGAGUUCUAUUAUACGGUCAAGCGGGAAAUUUUGAUUUUUCUCUGAAAAAUGCCAAGGAUCCUGCGAAGCUGGACGAGAAGUUGUACCUGGAUGCUGACACUGAGAAAGGUUUCACAAUCGAAAUAACUUGACACACUAGAAUGGGAUGGCAGCAAAUGCGUUAGGAAUUUGAUGGCCUUUCAGCAUCUCCUCUUUGCUGGCUGGCCGAUCAGAACUAGCAGUGAAUGGGAUAUAGUACAGACACCGUGGUAAUGGAAUUUCAAAGACCGAGCUCCAGACUGAAGAAUCUCAGGAUCCUCACAACUCCUUCUUCGCUUCAGCCACCUCCUUGGCCCGACUCGCAUCUUUCUCCUCUUUGCCCUUCCCCAUUCUCUGAACACCAACGCCAUGAGUGUACACCAAACCGCCUCCUAGGAAUGCCGCAUAUGCUACGCCACCCAGCAUCAUAAAGCUAACCAAAGUGUUGCCUCCCAUCGGCAUAUACGCCUCACGACCCCAUCUAGUCAACAUGUUGUAGAUGGCCCCAAAGAUAGCCAAGUCAUUCAAGCCCGCAUGGAUAAGUGUAGUCUUGAUGACAGGAUUCGACAGGUCAAGGCCCUUGGCUGAGAUCAUGGCAUAAGCUUCGAAGAGACCAGAAGUGAUAGCUGGGAAGGAUGUCAGGACACCUGCAACGGUGCUGACGAAGCUGAAGAGGCAGAGGUGGUAGACGACAGCGACUGGGCUGGCGGUUGAAGAGAAGAUACUAGAUAUAUUGACGGCGAGAUUGAGGAGCGACGAGGAGCUGACGCAAAUGAAUGUCAGGAUAUCGAGUCCUGACGCCGCGAGAAGGAAGGCUAUUGGGAGAUGGACGGUUGCGGGGUGAAUUGGAUGGCUAUUGAUAAGGGCGGUAUCAGGAGCAAUUUAUCGAAUCAUAUCUGUUCGCAACCUCAGCAAUUGGCCAAUCGAAUCGAAUGUUUACUGCGUGACGAGUUCUCAAUCUCGAAUUAGUUACGUCACGAGUGCUAAGCGGUGUUGCACACAAACAAAGAGAAUGGCGGGGUUGAGGCUGGAAGCUAUGCUCCGGGGGAUUGCUUUGUCGCCUCGAUUAUCUCAAUGGCAGGGAGACUACAGAUUUUCUGUCAUUAAGUCUAACAGCUAUGGAUUGAAUUCGAGGAAUUUUGGGGAAAACAUUGACAGGAACGCUAUCGGCCCAUGUGACAGCUUUUCUUACUGUCUAUUUUAUCAUUUACGCCCAUAAUUCCGUUUGUCACACUCCUUUCAUACCCCCACAACAAUCCAGCCUCUUCUGUCUUACACCCCGCCAUCAAAAUCCACGAGAUUUAUACCACGGCCAAGAACCCAGCCACAGCAGCAGCUCCCAAUCCCGCACCCAAACCAGCCUGCGCAAACUGAUUCGAUUGUGCCCCAGCACUACUCGUCGCACCAGCCACCAGACUUGAUGCCUUAGAAGCCUGCGACAAGACAGCAGACGGACUUUGCACAGCAGACGAAAGAGCUCCCGAUCCGACACCAGUGUACGUCGCCGCGAAAGAUGAUGCUUCUCCGCCAAUCUUGGAACUGAGUUUCGAUUCGACAACGUUCGCCAAGGAGGAGGUGAGGGCAGAAACGAUUGAUGCGUUGGUAGUGGAGAGGAGGGCCACCAAGCCAAGAGUGAGAGCGUGGAACUGCAUGGUGAAAGGUGAUAUGCGAGGUGAUUUGAUGUGAGUCUUGAUUUUGCUUUUUGUGGAGGUGUAGGAUGGAAAUCGACGGCCAAUUUUCCUUUCCAAGCCAAGAGCUUCCAAGCUAUUUAUCUAAAUCUUCUUUCUUUAUUCCAGCUGACAAUCUGUCGCCUCAGCCCCAUCACACCCAAGGCACAUGCCAAACAUCUUGUUCUUUGUUAACAACCUGGGAAUGUUCCAGUUUGCCAUGUUUGUUUUGAUGUUCCGGUUCGGGAAUUUCGUGCGGUCAUCGUUUUAAGCAUCAAAUACCCGCACGUCACGGAGAUCACCCACCAAUCACUUGCCCAUCUUGCAGCCGCAGCAUCGAAUUCUUGGUACAGCAUGCGCCACAAAACGAAAAACGUCCAUUCAAAUUGGGUUACUUGAAUAUGACAUGCCUAGAUUUCGGGAACUUGCUGUAAACGGAGCAAAUGGUCCUCUUUCAGCUUGUGGGAAGAAUCCAAUGUCCAAUCGGAAUAGAUUAUGAGAUCAGAUUCCUCUUGACAGCGGUAGGGGUCCAGCUGGUUUGUAUCAUUCUCGACGUACAUGGCUGCUCAAUACAAGUUUGCGGGAUGUAUUCAAUUGAAUGGAACGCAGGUUUCUUUAUUGGUGUGGCAGUACUCAAUGACGCGACCCCGUUGAUCAUACAGCUGAAUUGGUAAAUAUGGACCCAAU